ACUUGCCGAGCGCCGCAGCACGACCGAUAUAGACGGGCCUUUAGAUGCUCUUUGGCGGUUGGCGCCGCUUGACUUGCCAGACUCUCCAGGCCGAGUGUGUGUGUGUGUAGUGGUUGUGCUAGCAGAGCUGUUGCAGAAACUAACUGGAAAAAAGCAAGACAAACGCGUGUGGCGAGCAGCAGCUAAAUUGAACUGAAGUGAACAGAAAAUAUUAAAAAUAAAAAUAAAUAAAAUACGAAUACGGAAAAGCAAGCAUAAAACACACCGGGACUCCGCAAUACGGGUUUCUUUUUCGUUUACUCUUCCUCUUGCACAUACAUGCGUACCUGGGCAGAGAUUCAGAUUUAUCGCCUCCUCCACCCACUACUUCAUCAUCGCCAUCAUCAUCAACGCUGUUGUUGUUGCUGUCGUUCCGCCUUCGCUCUCACGUAAUCCGCCCCCGCACCACCUUGCCCGCCGGCCAACCGGCCCACAAACUGACUGAUAGACCGAAAAUCGAUUAGCGGCCUCUCUUCCUCUUCAACAUCUUCGGCAUUCGUGUGUGCGUUGCUUUGCGUUACGUUACGGUUACCGUUACGUCGCCCGCGCGUGUUGCUCGCUUGUGUUGGUGUGUGAGCAAGGUGUGGUGUGUAUAGAAAAUCGAUUGGCAAUUUGAACCGAAGAGCGCUAUCGUCGCCGCAGUCGCCGCGUGUGUGCCGUUACGCGAUUUUCAACAGCAGCCGCUCAGUAAUAUUGCUUUUAUUUUUUUUGCCUGUGAAGUCCUCCUGAGUGCGAAAGAGAGAGCGAGAGUGAGCUCUCUAAAACCUCUACAAAAAAUAAAAAGUAACAGAUAAAAGAAAAACACCGGACAUGGAUAAAUCAGCGGCCACGAACUCGGCCACUGCCGAUGGCCAAAACGAGGCAGCAGCAGCCGCCGCCGCAGCAGCAACAGCAGCUGGGUGUGGCAGCAACAACAGCAGCAGCAGCAGCAGUAACAACAACACUGGAAAUAGCAACAAUGCACUGCAGCGUUUGGCAACAACAACAAGUGCCGUUGUGGCAUCCCCGAUGACGAUCAACCUGAACAUCAGCACCACCACCGGCGGCAAUUUCGGCGUCAGCGUCGAGCCGCACAUCAGCGUCGAGAGUCUGAAGAAGAUCAUCGCCAAGAAGCUGAAGGUGGCCAAGGAUCGCAUCUGUCUGCUGCACCGGGAGAAGGAACUGCAGGAUGGCACGCUCAGAGAUCACAACUUGAUGGACGGGUCCAAGAUCAUUUUGAUACCAAACGUGGAAACUGGUUUACUGGCUCAACGUCCGGAGAACACGGUUAUGCAAGCGCUGGAAUCGCUUAACGACGCGCAGGUUAAUGAUUUUCUCAGCGGCAAGACUCCGCUCAACUUAAGCAUGCGCCUCGGCGACCACAUGAUGCUCAUCCAGCUGCAGCUGAGCACGGUUAAUCCGGCGGGCGGUGCUGCCGCCGCAGUGGCUCCAGUCGCCACUGGUGCGAGUGGUUCCAGUGGUUCCAGCGGUUCGAGCACCAACACAGCGGCCACCACAACAUCAACGGUGCCUGUAAUGCCAGCUGGCACUGGCUGUUCCGGCUCCAACUCCAACUCCACAUCCUCGUCUUCGUCGGCGGCGGGAGGAGCCUCUUCCUCAUCCACAUCCUCAAACUCAUCGUCAUCCUCUUCGUCUUCGUCUUCGUCUUCAUCGAGAACCCGCUCGUCUGGCCAGCGAUCGAGUGGAAGAAUCGGACAUGGCCACGUGCACAGCCACCAGCAUCCGAGUCUGCACGCUGCGAACUGGCACGGCGUUAGUCACGGACAUGGUCACAGCCACGGACAUGGACAUGGACACGGACACGGACACGGGCAUGGGCAUCAUCACCAUCAUCACCACCACCAUCACCAUCAUCAUCACAACGCUUCGGCAGUGGCUGCGGGCAGCGGUGGUGGGAUGUCCUCGCUGCGCAAGAUGUACGGCGAUUUGCCCAGCGCCUCCGGAGCAUCUGGCUCUGCACCAGCCACUACUGGCAGUGGCCAGACCCAGAGCUCGUCAACGCUAAACGGGCCCGAUCUCACCAAGCUGCUAAUUAAGGGCGGCAUUCAGAAUAUCGUGAACAGCUUCGCUCUAAAGGAUGCGGGCGCCAAUGCUCGUCCUGUGGCCAAUGGUGGAUCCGGUGGAUCGAGUCCAGCGAAGCCUGUGCUGGAGCAGUCUCCGAUCAAGUCGCUGUCGAAUCUCGUGUCCAGUCCCAUCAAGAUGACGACUAUCAAAAACAUUCCCCUGCCCACGACGGCUGCCACAAGUUCCAGUUCCAGUUCCAGCUGCAUCUGCAGUUCUGCUGCCUCCAGCUCAUCCUCGUCCUCGUCUAGUGGAGCCUCCUGUACCACCGGCGGCUGUCAGCAGGAUCCGAUAGCCGCCAAGCUGACCUCGUGCCUGUGCACGCGUCUACCCACACCGUCAGUGGCACCGCCGGCGGCCUCUUUGGUGGCGCCCGCUCCUCUGGCCAGAUCCGGAUCAACCAGCUCACCAAGCAAGUGUCCCGAAUCGAGUUGCAGUGGAGCGAAUGCCGGAUUUGCCGCUCGUUCGACUGUUGCGGGCACAAGAGUCACCUUCUCCGGCAAUUCGAUGCUGCACAAGACGGGCAACAAUCGCAUCACUAGGACCAAGCAUCGUCACUACCACGGGCAUGGCCACAGUCACGGACAUGGAAAUGGUCACAGCAGUAGCAACAGCAGCAGUAGCAGCAGCAGCAACAGCAGCAGCCACUUUUUCAAUCACGCCUGCGCCGGCAACCAGUCAUCCGUUAACGCAGCCGCCUUUGCCACAAGCUCAUCAUCGUCUUCCUCGGCUACGUCAUCUUCCUCCUCGUCGCCCUCAAAGCGUCGCAAGCUGGAGCAGGGAAUGGCAGCAGGAACGGUAGGAGCAACAGCCUCAGCCACAACAGCAGCGGCAACGGUGGCGCUGCCAGCCAGCACCAGCACCGCAACGGCAGAGCCCGAUGACGCGCUUCUGGGUGUGUCGGAUACUAGAACUCUCGCUGAGGCAUCGCGAAAUCUUACCCAGACAUUGCGCAAACUCUCCAAGGAGGUGUUCACCAACAAGAUCGAUCUGUCCGGCGCCGGCGUGGUCAGCAGCGGUCGCAGCUCAAGCAGCGGUGCCACCUCGAGCGGAGCAGCCAGUGGUGAGGAAGCACCACGCAAGGGCGGAUCGGGAGCCGUGAUCGAGUCAAUGAAGAAUCACGGCAAGGGCAUCUACUCUGGCACCUUCUCGGGCACUCUCAAUCCGGCAUUGCAGGAUCGCUUUGGACGACCCAAACGCGACAUCUCAACGGUGAUUCAUAUUCUCAACGACCUGUUGAGUGCCACACCGCAGUACGGACGUGGUGCCCGCAUCAGCUUCGAGGCCCCGACCACUGGAUCGGUUUCUGGAUUUAGUUCGGGAUCCGGCAGCAGUGGAUCUUCCUCGACUUCUUCCUCCAGCAGCGGGAUGCAUCACGGAUCACGCAGCAAAAUGUACUCCUCCAAGCACCAUAACUGCGCCAAGUGCAAUAGCCGCGCCCAGCAGCAACAGCAGCAGUCGGCGUCUUUGGCCUCAGGUAGCGGAGGUAGCUGCUCUUUCCGCGACUGCCCGAGCUACCACUCCUCCUCCGCGGCCUCCAAGGCUUCCGCCAGCUCCAAGUCGUCGUCGCACAGUUGCUGCCAGGCUGCUGAGGCACCCAGCUCGAUGGCCAGUCAAUCGAAUGGUUGCACAUGUCGCUACCGCCGCGAUGACGGACAGGGCGAGCGGGAGCGGGAGCACACGUGCCAGAAGUGCACCGUGGAGAUGGCCAACAUGAAGACCCGCUCGAAAAUGGACCAGCUGCGCUUGGUGAUGCAGCAGCACAAGCAGAAGCGGGAGGCGCGCAAACUGAAAAGUGGUCCCUAUGCCACGCCCGCCUCCGCCUCCGCGGCCGAUAGCCUCUCCUCAACCGCUGCUGGCGGACCAGCCGCUCUUUCAAUGGGUGCGGCCGCACAGUACAGUGCUGUGAGCGCCCUGGUGGCUACGCCCCUGCAACCAGCCGCUGUGCCCGUCCAGACGGGGAAGGCUGCACCCGCGAACAGCAUCAAUGGCAGCGGCAGCAGCAGCAGCAGCAGCAGCAAUAGCAACACCAAUGCUAAUGGCAAUACUUCAACGGCACCUGCAACAGCAGCAACGGCAGCACCAGCACCAACAGCCGCACCACCCAGCGAAGUGUCCCCGAACCACAUUGUGGAGGAGGUGGAUACGGCGGCCUAAAGGCAGCAGAACCAUCAGCAAGAGCAACCACCAGCCCCGCUGACCUUAUCCUAUUUUGUAGCAUUUACUAGUUUACGCAGCAGCAACAAAGAACGAAGAGCAGACAAAAGAUGAAGAUGAUGCAGGACCAGUAGAAGCAGAGAUGAUGGGCAAACGAAAGAAACUAGAACCACAACUAAAGUUUAAAUUAAUCUAGAGUUAGUGCAUAACAACACCAAUUCUUCUGUUCAAACACCCGCUCGUUUGGUUAUCCCACCUCCAACGAUGAGGCAAAAGAUGAGAAUGGGAGCGCCCGGAAAGUCGAUAAGCUGUUAAAUUAAUUUUAAGACCCUAAAAAAACACACCCACUUCGGUGCAGCCAAUAUAUUUUGUUGGGAGCAAAUGAAGUGCAUCAACCAGCUUCUGGAGGCGAAAUCCUUUAAUGUUUUGUAAAUUAAAUUUAGUGAAAUUUUUUGUGUGCAUCCCAGGCAAACGCUAUGUUGUGCAAUUCACAAUUUGAAUCGUAAGCAAGCAGCGUGAACGCGUGAAAUAGAAACGAAUGAAUACGGAGAAAUUCUUAUAAUGCAAAUGUAAAUGUUCAAUAUAGAACUAAAUGUAAAACGUAUACACACAGACUAUACUAAAUGAUUUGUAAGCCAAAGCGGUGACAAAUUUUGGUAAACUGAAAUGGAAUUAUAUUUAAUUUUAGACACACCAAAUCAAAUCUAAUAACACACACACACUCGAUCCCACACACACACACACACACACACACCUGGCUUUGGCAGCUUUAUGUUAUGUUUAACUUUAACAACCGACGGCGGGCUGAAUGAAAAUCUGCACCUGCGACUGCGAUGUGGCGCUUUAACCUAAUUUGCCUUAAUAGAAAAUCGUUUUUCACCUAUUUUUUUUUAAUAUAUACUUUAUCACCAAGAAUGUGUUUCGAAACGCGCCGGUAAAGACGAGCGACGAAUUGAAUUUUGUUCACCUACACCUAUACUAUUAAAUUAGUUAGUAAGACUUUGUUUUCUAUUCAUUUUACACUUAUCAUUAAACGUAUAAUUACCGAUUUGAUUAGUUAAGUUGCGCAACAGAAGUGUCUGAGAAGCAGAAAGUAACGCUAACUUAGCUGUAUAGUUUUAAUUUAAGCCCAAGCAAUUACUUUUUUUGUCCUACACUUACUAUUAUUACCCAAUUCUACAAAUGCAAUUAGAUCUAGGCGAGUUUAACUUUUGAACUUUUGAGUUGGUUUCAUUUGUCUUUGCCUUGUGUGCACCACAACUACUUGAUUUCAAUAAAUGUUUAGUAAAUGGUUUAGUUAACUAA